UUAUCAAAAUUGCGGUGGUGUCGUUUGAAGGAUGUUUGGAGCCAAAAUUCACAAGCACAGCAAGCUCCACUGAGUAGAGUCUCCGGCGAGAGUGUGAACCAGCAGCUUUUAGCAAGCGUUCGAAGGAGAAGAAACAGACAACUUACGCUAGCUUCGGCCAAUUACUGUAGAGGUCGAACUCCCAUGGAAAUUGAUGGAACAAAGGAAGAGUAGAAGUUUGAUAGAUAGCAUCAGUGACAUAUUCACUAAUGGGAUACAUUUUGCAGCGCCAGUUUCCUCCUUGAGGACGUGCGAGCUUGACCUGGUACGCGGUGUCUUGCAAAUGUUACAAGGAUUUCCUGGCUCCCUUUUUAGCUGGGAUGAUAUUGGGAAGAAAUUUUGUGCUAAAAGUGGGAUAUAUGUUUCCCACCUUUCGCGAUCUAGCCUUCUUGCCAUUCUCAACCAGUUUAUGUAUGCAGCAACAUGUCUUCAGUUGACACAACUCGUAUUGCAAGAAGUUAGUACAUCCGCGAAAUCAGCUGCUCCCACUUUAAGGGCGUUUGUUACAUCUGUUUCUGCUUGGCUGAAGAGGCUGCGGGAUGUAGCAUCGAGUGAGGAGAUGAAGAUAAAUGAUGCUGGCUCUGUAACCACUCCUACUUUAAUGGGUUUAGCCGGCUCUUUAUCAAGUCUUUGUUCAGGUGCUGAAUAUUUAUUACAGAUAGUCCACAAAGCUAUUCCCAAAGUAUACUUUGAAUCUAGUGAUGCAAUUACUGCCGCUGAAUUGGCAGUUCAUGUGCUUGACAAUCUUUACAAGAAGCUUGAUGAAGUGUGCUUGAUACAAAAUGGUCAGGAAGAAACUUACCAAAUGCUGCUUCAUAUAUUUGUUGGAAGUUUAUUGCCGUACAUCGAGGAACUUGAUUCCUGGGUUUUUGAAGGAAUACUUGACGAUCCUUAUGAGGAGUUGUUCUUUUAUGCUAAUGAAGCAGUCUCAGUUGAUGAACAUGAAUUUUGGGAGAAGAGUUAUUUUUUAAGAUCACCGAGGUUGGAUGGCGAGCUCUCUUCAUCCAUUAAAAAGGAAGCAAGUGAAAGAGAAUCAAUCUCUUUAUCUCAUUUGCUGAAGGGAAAAGACCAGUACACUGGAGGCUCUAUAGCAUGUCCCCUGUUUAUGAAGGACGUAGCUAAGUCAAUGGUUGCUGCUGGAAAGUCAUUGCAGCUCAUCCGUCAUGUUUGUGCAACUUUAUCUCCUGCAUCUGAAAAGCAAAAUGGUGAAGAGUUUAAUGGUGGUGCUGAUUAUGGAGGAAGCUUGGCAAGGCUAUCUUUGGCAGAGCUCUUUUGUGUGUCAUUGGCAGCUCUAAUUGGGGAUGGCGAUCGCAUAUCUAGAUACUUCUGGAAGCAUGACCAAUACAAACUUGGGACUGAUUCCUUAUUCAAGUCCCACAUGAACAGAUUAGAAGUAGAAAAUGGCAUUGGUGAGUUAACGUGUAAGAAGAAACACUGGCAUAGUUUAUUGGUAGAUGCAUUAUCCCUGAAAGGAAGUGACGGCUUAAAGUCUGGACACAAGGUUGCAAAUAAGCUUGUUGGUGAAAGUGAAAAGAAGAUGGCAUUUGGUAUGACAAAUUGUUUAUGCUCCUUGGAAUCGUUCCACCCCGAAAAUCCAGUUAUUACUGUGUGCACGACAAUCCUAAAAGAUAACAUAAAUGUUUGGAAAAGAUUGAACUUGUCUAGAUGUUUCAACUUGCCCCCUUUAAACGAUGAGGGUUUAUUUAAGGCAAUAUUUGGUGAUGAGGAUGCAACUUUUUCUGCAAUAAAAGGGACAGAUUUUACUUUCGGUUUCCAGUUUGAUAAAUAUGAACAUCUUCAUUCCCAAAAUGAAGCGAAGCUGAUUGAGACAUUGUUUCCUUUUCCCACAAUUCUCCCUGCAUGUCAGGAUGAUCUCCAUAUGUCAGAUCUCUUACCCUUCCAGAAGAAUAGCACUCUCCCAUCAAGGGUUCUAAGGUGGAUGCAAAAUGUAGUACCCAGGACUAUGCCACUUACGAUGGUCAUUAUGGAAGAAUGCCUUGUUGUAUAUCUUAGACAGCAGGUGGACUACAUUGGCAAGCGUGUUUUGUCAAAGUUGAUGAACGAGUGGAGAUUGAUGGAUGAGCUAGCAGUGUUACGUGCUAUUUAUUUAUUAGGAUCAGGUGAUCUACUGCAGCACUUCUUGACUGUAAUUUUCGAUAAACUGGACAAGGGAGAAACCUGGGAUGAUGAUUUUGAGUUGAAUACUAUAUUACAGGAAUCUAUGAGAAACUCUGCUGAUGGUAUGCUACUAAGUGCUCCGGAUUCUUUGGUGGUGUCCAUUGUCAAAAGCAAUUCUUUAGAUGGUGACGAGCAAUCUAAUUUAGUGAAACUACCCUCGACCCCACAUAAAAGCUCUGCACAUGGCUUUGGAAUGGAUGGACUUGAUUCACUUAAAUUUACUUACAAGGUAUCUUGGCCGCUUGAACUUAUUUUCAAUACAGAGGCAAUUAAAAAAUAUAACCAGGUGACAGGGUUCUUGUUAAAAGUUAAGCGUGCCAAGUUUGUGCUCGACAAAACUAGGCGUUGGAUGUGGAAGGGUAAAAGCACUGUUGUAAACAAUUGCAAGCGUCAUUGGCUAGUAGAGCAGAAACUCCUCCAUUUUGUGGAUGCCUUUCACCAAUAUGUCAUGGACAGGGUCUAUCAUAGUGCCUGGCGUGAACUCUGUGAAGGUAUGGCAGCUGCACAAUCUUUGGAUGCGGUUAUCGAGGUGCAUGAGGCGUACUUGCUGUUGAUUCAUAGACAGUGCUUCGUGGUUCCAGAUAAGCUGUGGGCUCUUAUUGCUAGCCGAAUCAAUGUUGUCCUUGGAUUGGCUUUAGAUUUCUACUCUGUGCAGCAGGCGUUGAGUAGUGGUGGAACAGUAUCUGCAAUUAAGGCUCGGUGUGAAAUGGAGGUCGACCGUAUUGAGAAACAAUUCGAUGAUUGCAUUGCUUUCCUCCUCAGAGUCCUAUCGUUCAAGCUAAACGUGGGGCACUUCCCUCACUUGGCAGAUUUGGUUACAAGAAUAAACUAUAACUACUUCUACAUGUCUGAUAGUGGAAACUUGAGAACUGCCCCUAGCUCGGAAACUGCAUCUUCCAGACUUGGAAAGGCAUUUGUGGGAAGAACAGAUUGAUUUUUUACACAUUUUUCUUGUUACUCCCCCUUCUAAGUCCUAGGCCAGUUAUUCCAGGUGCUUUGAGUUCAUUGUUGAAAUUAGUUUCAGUGAUAAUGCUGAUGCGAUGGGACCGCAUCUGUGGCGAUCACUUCUCAAUACAGGGUGAAGUUUACUGCACCACUCGACCUGUCGAGUUUCGUCAAAGUCACCGUGUUGUAUAGGCUGACGUUUUUUUUUCCUAAAGCCCGGCUCCUUUGGCACCACAUCCACAACACAGGCAGAGAAUCACUUUCAUACAAAGGUAGGCUGCUAACUUGCAAUGUAGGAAAUUCAACCCAGUUUUAAGUGUUUCAGAGUGAUUGAAUUGGCCAUGGAGUAAAAGUUCCAAUCUCCACAACAAAAUCAAUCCAACAAAAGAAGUGCGGGGUUCAUCUCAUCUCGAAGGGCUAUUGUAUUGGAUCUUCCUUAAAUGGCCAAAAGUUUCAUGGCAAAUCCUGCUGUAUUCAUGACUUGGAAGAACGAGACAUGAAGCUGAAAAUCUAUGAACAUGCUUCCUUGAGAUUUAAUCUAUUGUUUUCUCCAGUGGUGUUAUUGCGUGGAGUUUGUGUUCUCAAAGAUUGUGCUGUUGUCAAUCAAUGUGGUUUUGGGAAUUUUAGGAUUUUUUCUUUUUGACUUUUUCUUUUCAUUGUAAUUUUGUAAAGCGAGCGUUGGAAGUUUACAGGCCAUCUUGUGCCAUGUCAUUCCAGAAGUUAAUUCUGCUGUUGACCAUUUUUAUUUUCUA